AUGACUGAUAGGGUGGUGAGAAGUCUAGGGACAGGUAGAUUUUUGGAUUGGAAGGCCUUGAAUGCGUGUGGCUCGGCUGGGGGUAUUCUGAUCUGUUGGGAUAAAAGAGCUUUGGAGUUGCUGGAGUGGGAGGUGGGGCAGUUCUCUUUAUCCUGUAGAUUCAGGACAAUGGAGAAUGGGGUGAUUUGGGCUUUUACGGGGGUUUAUGGCCCUUUCACUAGACUUGAAAGGGAGUGGCUUUGGGAAGAAGUAGGGGCAAUCAGAGGUAUUUGGGAGGGGCCUUGGUGUCUAGGUGGUGACUUCAACAUUACCCUGGCUCAAGGUGAGAGAAGUAGGCAAGGGAGAAUGACUUCAGCUAUGAGGAGGUUUGCGGAAGUGGUAGAUGAUCUAGGCCUGGUGGACCUUCAUCUACAAGGGGGUGCAUUCACGUGGUCUGGGGGCCUGAAUAACAUGUCAAGGGCCCGUCUAGAUAGAUUCCUGGUCUCUCCUUGUUGGUUGGAUCAAUUCAGUAGGGUGAGUCAGCGGAGACUUCCCAGGCCGAUUUCGGACCACUAUCCAGUUUUAUUAGAGGGGGGUAGUUGGAGGAGAGGGCCUACACCCUUCAGAUUUGAAAAUAUGUGGUUUAAAGUAGAGGGGUUUAAGGAAUUAAUCCGGAGUUGGUGGCAGGGGAUAGAGGUCAGGGGCAGUGCCAGUUUUAGAUUAUCGGUGAAAAUGAAGGAACUGAAGCAGAAGCUUAAAGUUUGGAAUAGGGAGGAGUUUGGUAAUCUGGGAAGGAACAAGGAGGCUGCGAUUCAACAAGUGGAGUAUUGGGACAGAGUAAAGGAGGAAAGGAGCUUGUCUAUGGAGGAAGUAGCUUGUAAGAAGAAAGCCAAUGAGGAUUAUGCUAAGUGGGUUGAUCUGGAAGAAACUCACUGGAGGCAAGUGUCUAGGGAACUUUGGAUGAAGGCAGGUGAUAGGAAUACAAGAUAUUUCCACCGUAUGGCGUCUGCUCAUAGGAGAGUCAAUCACAUGGACGAGUUAAAAUUGAUGGGGUUAGGUUGA